AUGCCUCCACGCAUACUGAGGUUUCGGUUGCGACUUAUGAGGUUUAACCCACACGUCGUCCAUGUCCCUGGAAAGCAACAGCUUGUCGCAGAUGCACUGUCUCGCGCUCCUGUUGGUAAACCGGAUGGAGACGAUCACAAUCUUGUAGAGGAAGUAGAGAGCUAUACAAACGAGAUGUUGGGUACAUUACCUGUAACUACAAAUCGCUUGCAGGAAAUACGGGCAGCUCAGAAAGUAGAUGAAGAAUGUUCUCUAAUCCACAAGUAUUGUGUAAAUGGUUGGCCCACCUAUAGGCCCCACCAGCCGCUAAUGCGACCAUACUGGGAGGCACAGAGCCACCUAGCAGUUGUGGAUGAGAUCUUGUUAUAUGACGAUCGAAUUGUUAUUCCGAGAGCCCUGAGGUUGGAUAUCCUUGACUGCAUCCAUACUGGUCACCUAGGGAUAACUAAGUGUAGAGCAAGAGCACGUGACUCAGUCUGGUGGCCUGGACUGUCAACUGCUAUUCAAGAGAUGAUUUCUAAGUGUAAUACUUGUGCAAAGGUGAGACAAGACCAGAAAGAACCACUCAUGUCAAGUUCUUUCCCUUCUCGCCCAUGGGAACGGAUCGGUAUGGAUCUCUUCGACUUUCAAGGGAAAAUCUAUCUUCUUGUUGUUGAUUACUAUUCUCGUUGGUUGGAGAUUAAAAGGCUUCACAGUCAGACGUCUGACUACGUGAUCAAUAUUCUCAAGGAACUAUUUGCCACUCAUGGGAUUCCAGAGAUCGUUAUUUCGGACAAUGGUCCUCAGUACGCAUCCGAAGCCUUCAGGAAGUUUGCGAAAAUCUAUGGCUUCAUUCAUUCCACAAGUUCACCUAGGUAUCCUCAAGCGAAUGGUGAAGCCGAGCGGGCAGUGCGUACUGCAAAGGAGAUUUUGAAGAAGAACCAAGACCCUUAUCUUGCCCUUCUAUCGUAUCACUCGACACCCCUACAGAAUGGGUUGUCGCCAAGCCAGCUCCUUAUGGGUCGCCGGCUAAAGACACAGCUACCCGUUCUCCCAGCUAUACUGAAACCGAAGGACCUUACUUUUGAGUUGGAGAGGGUGGUAUCCAAGGAAAAGUCCUACCGUAGAGCACAAGAAACCAAUUUCAACCGUAGGCAUAGGGCAAGAGAACUGCCCACCUUUGACUCUGGAGAUGCUGUAUGGGUCAAGGAUCAAAGUAAGCAAGGUGAGAUCGUUUCUUCCACCCAGUAUCCCAGAUCCUACCUUGUGAAGACUGACAAAAGAAUUCUUAGGCGUAAUCGAUCUGCCUUAGUCUCCAUUACCGAAGGGAGUCAAGAAACGGAACCUACCCGCGCAGAACGAACUGUUGAUACCCCCACAACCCAGCAACCUGUACCACCACGAACGCCACCCAUAGUACCUCCUGCUGCGCUGACAUCUGGGGCUCAAUCCACUCAGUAUACCACCACCCGUUCUGGUAGAGUUGUUCGACCUCCCCAGCGAUUGGACUUGUGA